CGGUCAACGUCUCGCUCGCCGGGACACUCGCCGCCCUCUUAAAACCAGCGGCAACUUUCCCGUCCUCCCACACCUCCCUCUCCUCGGCACUCUAGCUAGUCCCACGGACAGACACCCACUCAGUCCUCUCCAAUCUCCACUCUCCGCCCACCACCAAGGGCAAGGAAGCUAAUCUCGCCGUACACGCAUGGCCGACGGGGCGGCGGGCGGCGGCAGGGCGGAGGUCGACACGUCGGCGCCGUUCGAGUCCGUGCGGGAGGCCGUCGACCGCUUCGGCGGCAGCGCCGCCUGGAGCUCCGACCUCGUCAGGCGCAUGUUCGCGCCCUCGAAGAAACAUGAAGACUCUGAACAAGCUGCAGAAACCAUCAACGUACAAGAGCAGGCUGCACAGCUAGAAAAUGAGGUUGCUGUCAAAGAGAGGGAGACUCUUGACGUGUUGAAGGAGCUGGAAUCAACCAAGAAGAUCAUAGCAGACCUGAAGCUGAAGAUACAGAAAGAAACCAGUGAAACAUCCCCUGAUGAAGCUGUGAAGUCCGAGGAAACUGAUCAGGUUUCUACGGCAGAACCUGAAGAGCAGCAACCUGAAAAUGUUGUCGUGGAUGUGGACAUGGAAGGCGUAGAAGAAAACCCGCAGCAGCCUUCUGGCGGUUCAGUUUUGGUGGAACUUGAGCAGACCAAAGAAAGCCUGAACAGAACUACAAAUGAUCUGGCUGCAGUGCGGGCUGCUGUUGAGUUACUGCGAAACAGCAUAGCGAAAGAGAAAAUGUUACUUGAAAGAGGCCGAGAAAAGCUUUCCUCUAACACUUCCUUGGUUUCUUCUUUGGAGGAUGAGCUGGAUCAGACAGCGCAAAAGUUGGAAACUCUGAAGGAUCUGCAGAAGAGACGCAAAGACCCCUCGGACAUUUUUAUCGAGAUUAAGAAAAUGACCUCUGAGGUUCAAGAGCUCAGGAGCAUGGCAAAUGGUUCAAAAUCUGAAGCGAUGUUGUUGGCUGCAGAAAUCGAGCAGGCAAAGGCCAGCAUUAGCACAGCUGAGAUCAGGUGCAUUGCAGCCAAAAAGAUGGAAGAAGCAGCUAGAGCAGCAGAAGCCCUUGCACUCGCUGAGAUCAAAGCUCUACUGAGCAGUGAAAGUUCUUUUGAAGGUGAGAACUCUUCUGAUGGAGUGACUCUCUCGAUGGAGGAGUAUUUCAUACUGUGUUCCAAAGCUCUUGAAGCUGAUGAAAACUCCAAGAAGAAAGUUGGAGAUGCUAUGCAGCAGGUAGAUAUAGCUAACAGUUCAGAGUCCGAGUCAGUUAAGAGGCUUGAGGAUGCCAAAUUAGAGGUUGAGGAAUGCAAGAAAGCGCUACGAGAGGCCCUAAAGAGGGUAGAGGCUGCAAACCAUGGGAAGCUUGCAGUUGAAGAGAUCCUUCGAAGAUGGAAAUCUGAGAGUGGACACAGAAAGCGGUCUAUUGGUGGGUCUCCGAAGUUCAAAAAUGCAACCCAUCACCGUAAAGAUUCGUACAGCAUGGAUAUUGUUGAUGAUGUUUCAGAUAGAUCCUUCAAGCAAACUUUGUCAAUUGGGCAGAUACUGAGUAUGAAGUUAAUGGGGCCUGAUGGAUAUGACAAAAGUGUCUGGGAUGACAAGACAAGUGAGACGCCAAAUAUCUCACUUGGUCAGAUUCUGAACCGCAGUGGUGUUUUGUGUAGAGAAGAUGUGGCUUCUCGCAGAAGAAUUUCAGCAAAGAGAAAGAAAUUUGCAUUGACAGGACUUUCUGUUCUGCUGGCAAAGCAAUCUAAGAGCAAGAAGAAGAGAGAAUCCUUUUAAACUGAUAUAGAUUGUCCCAAAAAGAUCAUUCGGGGUGGUGUGGUAUUUCGUAGUAUUGUACUAUGUAGCAGCAGUUCAAUCUUGUCGCCAGUAGCUAAUUUUCACGCUAUUCUAUCUCGAGGUGAUGUACCCUAGUAUUAAAUGUAACCGGUAGCAAUUUUUGCUGCUAACUAGCGUAGAGUUUUGACAGUUCUCUACCAUGCAUGCUAUUGAGAUCUAUAUAAUUGGAUCCAAUGUUUUUACCUUUC